AACGAUCAAAUCGCCGUUUAAGAAACAAAAAAGAAACGUCAAAAUGGCGAUAAAAUUAUUUUUUAUUCUGCCACUGUUAUUGUAUAUAAAGACUGGUGUGUGUUUGGACAAAAUUACUGGAUGUCAAUCGAUGGGUGUAUUUGGAUAUAGUCGUGUGCUCUUAAGUUGUGACACUUUGAUUAAUUGUGAAAUUAAUAAUAGGAAUAAUAAAAAUGAUUUUUUGAUGUAUCAUAACUUUGAAGAUGAUUAUGAUUACGAUAGCGGAGAACGUCGCCGUUAUUCUCACCGCUCAAAUACAUGUGAAUGUUAUAAUCAAAUGUUUACUAACGGAAAUAAUGCCAGUGUAAAGGUUUUAUACCCCUGCUUUGGAAGUCGUUUGGAUGCGACGAUUCCGGGCCUAUUCCAAAAUAUCGAAAAUUACGACAUUUCCCACAAAGGAAUUGAGCUUUUAACUUCAGAUGAUUUGAAUUUUAAAUCUUUGGUAGCAUUGAGAGCAUUUAGCAAUAAUAUAUGUAACAUAUCGGGUUCAAUAUUUUCGCGUGCACCAAAUUUAACUGCAAUUGAUUUCUCGUACAACAACAUCAGCGUACUAUAUCGAAAUGACUUCAAAGGAGCGCCACAAAUCAUUAAAAUGGAUUUUUCAUCAAAUCGAAUUUCUUCACUCGAAAACGAAAUAUUUAUGGACUUGCCGAAUUUAACUGACAUUAAUUUUGCAAACAAUCGAAUCAAUGAACUUCAUAAAAAUAUCUUCAGUGGUGCGGCCCAAUUAAUAACAAUCAACUUUUCGAAAAACAACAUCUCGUUCAUGGAACUGGGCAUUUUUGUUGAUUGUCACAAUUUGACGAAAAUCGAUUUGUCUUAUAAUCAAAUAUUCACCUUGGAUAGAGACAUGUUUUCCACGGUCGCCGAUUUAAGAACAUUAUCUUUAUACGGCAAUCGUAUUGAGGUCAUCUACAGUGACACAUUUAAAAAUAACAAACUGUUGCGGUCCCUAAACGUUGGCGCGAAUCCAAUUCACAGUAUCAAUGAAAACGUUUUAGCACCAUUAGCAGAAGGGGCUAACGUCCAAAUUCCUUGUGAUUUCGAGAGCUUUGAUUCUAGUUCUUUAAAAAAUUACAUGAUUAAUGAUGAACAUGUUAUGGAAUCGUUUUUUAUAAUGCACAAAAUACUAUACUGUCCACUCAUGAAAACCAAAAAUCUAAAAUAUUUGAAUAUAAGUGAAAAUCAGAUGCGUGACACAACAUUUGUGAUGAGUUUUUUAAGUUCAACGAUGGAAGUGUUGGACCUUUCAUCGAAUUCAGUCAAACAAAUCAACUGGGACCUCUUUGGAACGUGUGUCAAUUUAAAAUAUGUGAAUCUUCGAAAUUCCAGCCUAGUUUCCAUCAAUUUUGAUGCAUUUCGUCCGCUUUUGUCGGUCCAUCGAAAACUGGAAGUCAUUCGGUUGGGUGAGAAUCCAUUUAAACGUUUGGAUGCGAAUGUCUUUUUGUUUGCAAUGAAUUCGGUUGAAGUGCAUCUUUCUUGCAGCCAUGUAGAGGAGAUUGAUACCAGCUGCCUUGGAAAAUUGCUGACCAUUGAGUUGACUGAUGAUGAUAUGGUCAUUUUUCACAUUCCCGGUGAUAAGCUUAAAUUGAUAUGUGCAAAAAAUCGAUUCAAAUAUUUGAAAUACCUCAAUAUUUCGGGCAAUCAGCUGCAAAAUGGGCCGCAAUUAAUGGAAUGGCUUGGUGAUUCGAUCGAAACAUUAGAUAUGUCAUCAAAUUUCGUAGGAAAAUUGAGUGCACGUACAUUUGAACGUUUCAACAAAUUGCGAUACCUCAAUGUGAGCAACACGCAGCUUUCAAAUUUUACGUUCGCUACAUUUUACCACCUGGAUAAACUGCGAUCGCUUGAUAUUUCGUUUAAUCAUUUGAAACAUUUGGACUUUACGCUAUUAUUUCGAAACUUUAGGGAACUUUGGACGCUCAAUUUAGAGGGAAAUGACUUGAAUAACAUCGACACAAUUAGUCUUGUGCAUUUUCCAAAACUGAUUUCUUUGGGCAUAUCAAAGAAUAACUUUUCAUGUGAUUAUUUGGCGAAAUUUUUGUUGCCAUGGCCAAAUUUACAUUUGAUGCAUAAUCCAUCGAAUCAAACGCAUAUCAAUGGAGUUGAUUGUCUUCACAUUGAGACGCAAGGAAUUUCCGUCGAUAAUUCAACAAAAUUGCAACCAAAACGAACAACUGAAGUACCUGCAAUCGAAUCGACUUCAUCGAAAGUUCUUUCUCACACAAGUACGACGCAAAAAACGAUCGAGCCAAAUGAAGAUAAACCAAAUACGCGUUUUGAGUGUGUCAAUUUUUCAAUGAUAAUGGACUCGGAAACAGUGGAUAUUUCAUGCGAUAAUUUGGAAAAAAUUGACACCAGUUGUAUGGGAAAUCAACUGCAAAUCACAUUGGAUGAUAAGGAUGUGGUUUUUCACUUAACCGAUACGAAUUCAACGCUUUCGUGCUCUAAUGAUCAAUUUCAAAAGCUUCGGUACUUGAAUAUCUCUGGAAAUCACCUUCAAAAUGCUUCGCAAUUAAUCCAAUUGCUUGGUACAAACAUUGAAACAUUGGAUGUAUCGUCGAUUUUCGUGGGCGCAUUAGAUGAACAUCUACUUGAAAAAUUCACUAAUUUGAAGUAUUUAAGGCUGAGCAAUACCAAUCUAACCAAUUUCGGAUUCGGCACAUUCUAUCAUCAACGUAAAUUACGAGCUCUUGACCUUUCUUUCAAUCAUUUGCAAAACAUCGAUUUCACUUUGUUAAUGAGAAACUUCAAGGAAUUAACCACGCUCAAUGUGGAAGCCAAUGAUUUAAACGAAAUAGAUUCAGUAACGCGGAAAAAUUUCCCGCAACUGCGUUUGUUGGGCAUUUCGAAGAAUAAUUUUUCGUGUAAAUACCUGAGCAAGUUUUUGUCUCAGUGGGAUAAUGAUCUACAUUUGAUGUAUAAUCCAUCAAAUAAAACAAAUAUUGAUGGUGUCGACUGUUCGCAUGAAGAUGAAAAAGUAAGAAAUGUUGCCGAAGUUGAUGCAAAUGAAAGUGCAAAUUUAAGUCAAAAGAAUUCCACUUUUCCCAAAGAUGAUAUGAGAUCUGACAAUGAACAACACAAGGUUAUGACUGCUACCUCAUUGAAUAUUUUAGGCGAGCUGCAAACAUUGAAGUAUCUCUUUGUGGUUGUCACGAUACUCGUGGUUUUAUUUGGUGGCACGUACUGGAUUUUUAAAACGAAAACACUUCAACGAAUGAAACGAAAUAUGGUUUGGAGUUCGUCGGAUACCAAUGUGAAUCAACAACAACACGGUAGCAAUAAUACUAGUUUUAUGGAAUUAUCGCAGAUACAAUGAGAAUUAUAGCAUCGAUUGACUUCUUCAACAAAAACAUCAAUCUCAUUUUGAAAUUAUUUCAAUUCAACGAACGGAAUAUAUUUUAAAAGUAUAUAUUGAAGUUCAGUAAUUACUGGAAAAUAUUUAAA